AUGCUUGAAGAAAUUAUAGAGAAAACAACAUCGAGAAAUGAUAAAACAGCGAAUGAUAAGGAUAAAUUUCCAAAACAUCUUCCAUCAUCUCAUUCGAAAUAUGUAACUCAACGAACAACAUUUGGUCAAGUACGUGUUGAUCUUCCAGCAAAAUCUGAUCAACGACAAUUAAUUGAAUCAUUGUAUAAAAAUUAUGAUCCAACAAAUGAACAAUAUCGUACAUUUGAUGAACGAAUUUGGUCAUUAGUUGAUGAUGAUAUUGAUACGAGUAAACAUGAUAUUGAUUUCUAUGGUUUAAUUAAUGCACAUUAUCGAAAUAUAACUUUUGAACAAAAACUUUCAUCGCCAAAAGAAGAAUUAUCAGAUAAUUAUAUUGAUCAAUUAGCUUUUCCAGAAUUAACAACAAAAAAAGUGGAAAUCGAACCGAAACCAUCAAUUGAAAAAGAAACAAUUGAACAAUUAAAAAAUGAAGAAAUGAACCCUAUCGAUGAGCAAUAUUUUGGUACAUUAAAACAGAUCAAUUACCAAGAAGAACAGACCGUUAAUAGUACACCAAUAAAACGAAUUGAAAUGCCACCUGCAGAUGAACUUAAUUAUAUCGAUCAACUAGUUUUUAAUUCAUUAGAAAAACCAAUCGAGAAUCUAAGUAUAAUUUCCGAUAAACAACAAAAUUCAAUGUCAUCUGAGAAACUAAUCAAAACACCAAUUAUAACCUCCGAUGAACAACAGAAUUCAAUUCCAUCUGAAAAAUCUACGUCAGAUAAUCUUAUUGAUAUUAACUUUCAAUUUCGUAUUUCUACACCUACACAAAAACGUACGACAAAAUCUGUACCUGAUCCAAACGAAUCACCAAUGGAUACGUAUAAUCCUAAACUAGAAACUAUGCGUAGUAUAAAAUCGAAAGAUUAUUUUGAUCCACCACGUCAAUCGUCUCUUGAUAUACAGAAAGACAAUGAAAUGGAUUCAUCAAAAACUGCUCAUGAACCAGCUGAACAUAUUCGUGAACAAAUAAAAAAGAAAGCAAGUGAUCGAGAUAGUUUAGGUUAUCGAACAUUUGAUAAUCUUACUCCAAAAUGGUGGAAAAUGACAAAAGCAGAAAUUGUUGAUAUACUCAUCAAACAAAUCUGUUUUAUGCGACAUGGUAUUCUUGCACUUGAUAAACCAUUUGGUCUACCAUCAAUAGAUAAGUGGGCCAGGUGUUCAAAUAUCAAUUGGUAAGACUUGUCAGCUAUGGAU